AUGCAGGAAUUGCAAAAGGGCUCAAACGAGGGCUGGCUUCUCUCUAGCAAGGACUGUACUCGAUACCCCGCUACCCUUGCCCAGCUGCAACACCCACCGACUCGCUCUACUUCGUCGCUGCCUGCCCGUCACCCUGCCACCGUUCCCGUCCGGUACUGCUCGCACAGAAGAAACAUGUGCAAACACUUCGGUACUGAAGGGCAAUCGUCCAUUGACAUUACCAAAGGCCGCGAGGUGUUGCCUACAAAUGUCAAGCCCUUGCACUACGACUUGACCCUGGAGCCAGACUUUGGCAACUUUACCUACCAAGGCACCGUCACCAUCGAUCUAGAUGUCGUUGACGACACCACAUCCAUCACCCUAAACACCAACGAGCUCAAGAUCAGCUCGGCCAAGGUCACUACUGGCCAACAAGUCGUCACCGACUCUCCCACUCUUACCAGCAACAAUGAUGCUCAGACAACAAAAGUCAGCUUUGACCAAAGCAUUCCCAGUGGCAGAAAGGCCCAGCUCACCAUGGCUUUCUCCGGCAUCCUGAAUGACAACAUGGCCGGCUUCUACCGCUCAUCCUUCAAGGCCGAGGACGGCUCCACCACAUAUAUGGCAACAACACAGAUGGAGCCUACGGAUGCCCGGCGCGCAUUCCCCUGCUUCGACGAGCCCGCCCUCAAGGCAAAGUUCACAGUCACGCUCAUUGCCGAUGAGAAGAUGACAUGCCUGAGUAACAUGGACGUGGCAUCUGAAAAGCAAGUCGACAGCGCAGUCUCGGGAGGAAAACGCAAAGCAGUCACCUUCAACCCCACACCACUCAUGUCGACCUACCUCUUGUGCUUCAUUGUCGGAGAGCUCAACUACAUUGAGACCAAUAACUUCCGUGUCCCCGUACGAGUGUAUGCACCAAAGGAUAGGGAUAUUGAGCAUGGCCGUUUCUCUCUCGAGUUGGCUGCCAAGACGCUGGCAUUCUACGAGAAGACAUUUAACAGCCCAUUCCCCCUGCCCAAGAUGGAUAUGAUUGCCAUUCCCGACUUCAGUGCCGGUGCCAUGGAAAAUUGGGGUCUCAUCACAUACCGUGUUGUGGAUGUACUAAUCGAUGAGAAGGUCAGCGGUGCGGCUGUCAAGCAGCGCGUAGCCGAGACCGUGCAACACGAGCUCGCACAUCAGUGGUUCGGCAAUCUGGUAACCAUGGACUUUUGGGAUGGCCUGUGGCUUAACGAAGGAUUUGCGACAUGGAUGUCAUGGUACUCAUGCAACAUCUUUUACCCGGACUGGAAGGUCUGGGAAGGUUACGUGACCGACAACUUGGCAGGCGCACUUUCACUCGACUCGCUACGUAGCAGUCAUCCUAUCGAGGUACCCGUGAAGCGUGCCGAUGAGAUCAACCAGAUCUUUGAUGCCAUCUCGUACUCCAAGGGUUCAAGUGUCAUCCGUAUGAUCUCAAAGUACAUUGGAGAGGAGACCUUCAUGGAGGGCAUUCGUCAAUACCUCAAGAAGCAUGCAUACGGCAACACAGAGACAGGUGAUCUUUGGGCAGCCCUGGCUGAUGCUAGUGGUAAAGACGUUGGCAAGGUCAUGGACAUCUGGACCAAGAAGGUUGGCUUUCCGGUAGUGACUGUCACCGAGGGCACAGGCUCUAUUCAUCUCAAGCAAAACCGCUUCCUUCGCACCGCCGAUGUCAAACCGGAAGAGGACCAGACCCUGUACCCAGUCUUUCUCGGUCUGCGAACCAAGGACGGCGUCAACGAGGACUUGACGCUCUUUGAUCGCGAAGCCGAUUUCAAGCUCAAGGACCUUGACUUUUUCAAACUCAACGCAGACCACUCUGGUCUUUACCGCACGUCAUAUACACCAGAGCGUCUAGGUAAACUUGGCGUCGCCGCAAAGCAGGGUCUAUUGACUGUUGAAGAUCGUGCUGGCAUGAUCGCUGAUGCGGGAUCGCUGGCCGCAUCUGGUUACCAAAAGACGUCUGGUAUACUCUCACUGUUGGACAGCUUCAAGAGUGAAUCAGAGUUUGUAGUAUGGGGAGAAAUCACCGGUCGCAUUGGUUCGCUGAGAGGCGCAUGGAUGUUCGAGGACCAAGAGGUCAAGGAUGCAUUGAAGAAAUUCCAGUUGGAGCUCACUGCAGACAAGGCUCACGAGCUGGGAUGGAGCUUCAAGGACACAGACGGUCACAUUGAGCAACAGUUCAAGGGCCUCAUGUUUGGUGCUGCUGGUAUCGCUGGUGACGAACAAAUUACCAAGGCAUGCUUCGACAUGUUUGAGAAGUUCAAGGCGGGCGACAAGUCUGCCAUUCACCCUAACAUCCGCGGUAGCGUAUAUGCGAUCGUUCUGUCAAACGGUGGUAAGGAAGAGUACGACGUGGUGGUGAAUGAAUUCCUCAACGCCGCUACGAGCGAUGAACGCAACUCAGCUCUCCGUUCGCUUGGUCGUGCGAAGUCACCCGAGCUCAUUCAGCGCACACUCGCCAUGUCUCUUAGCGACCAGGUCAAGGGCCAGGACAUCUACCUACCCAUCUCAGCAUUGAGGUCGCACCCAGAGGGUUGCUAUGCGCUCUGGACUUGGGUCAAGGACAACUGGGAAGAGCUUGAGAGGCGGUUGCCUCCUAGCUUGAGCAUGCUAAGCUCCGUUGUAUCCAUUACCACGUCUAGCUUCACUCACCGCGAGCACAUCAAGGAAAUUGAGGAGUUCUUCAAGACCAAGAGCACCAAGGGCUUCGACAUGUCGCUAUCUCAGAGCAUUGACGCUAUCAGCGCGAAGGCAGCAUGGCUCGAGAGGGACUCUGAGGACGUCAAGUCUUGGCUGCGCGAGCACAAGUACUUGCAGUAGACGUACACUGCCCCUACGCGCGGCAAGCCACGGAUGAUGAAAACAAGCGACUACGAGAUUAGAUGGCUAUCGGAAUCACUGUCUGCAAGCACGUCAAGUCGAAGACUAUAGAAGAAUAUACUUUCGAAAAGAGCACGCUCAAUUCAAGUUGAGUCAA